UCACAAAGGCAACCACAGCCUGGGUGUCCCCAGAACUACUGCAGCCGUUGCUACAUAAAGCACAGGAACAACUACCAUGAUGGCCGAAAACAGUACAGCCCUUUACAGUGUUACAGCCACCUGGAAAUCCGGGAUGAAUCUUUCCAUGUGGCACAAUGCAACACACAACCAUUCCUUGUGCCGUUGGCCAUCAGAUUGGCAAUGGCUGAUAGACAUCCAGCCUGCAUUCCUUUGGCUUCUUGCUGUUGUGGGGAUAGCAGAGAACGUGUUUGUCCUCAGCGUUUUAUGCCUCCAUAAGAGCCGCUGCACGGUGGCAGAAGUUUACUUGGCAAACUUAGCAGUGAGCGACCUGCUGUUACUCUGUGGGUUGCCUUUCUGGGCUCUCAAUAUAGCCAAUGGUUUUCACUGGCCGUUCGGGCUCACCUUUUGCAAAGCCAUCAAUUCAAUCGUUUAUAUGAACUUGUACACUAGCAUUUAUUUCCUGGUGAUGGUGAGCAUCGAUCGGUACCUGGCCUUGGUGAAAACGAUGACUUUGGGACGUCUGCGCAGAACGUGGUGCGCCAAAGUGAAUUGUCUGGUCAUUUGGAUUUCUGCGCUGCUCCUGUGUUCUCCUGUUUUGAUGUUCAGGUCAUUAAAGCACGUGGAGGACUAUAACGUCACGGCCUGCCUUCUGGAUUACCCUUCCCUCGAGCUGUGGGUCAUAAUCACAAACACUUUGCUGAACACAGUCGGCUUUUUGUUGCCACUCUGUACCAUUACCUACUGUACGGUGAAAAUCAUCCUAGUUUUACGGAACAACACUAUUUCCAAGACCAAAGCCUUUCAGACGGAGAAAAAAGCCACCGUCCUGGUUUUUGCAGUUCUGCUUCUGUUUAUCGUCUGCUGGCUUCCUUUCCAGAUCAUCACAUUCUUGGAUACGUUGCAUCAUAUCAAGGUUUUUUCUGGUUGCCCCGCUGAGCAAGCCAUGGAUGUGGCUACCCAGAUUGCCACCUACUGCAGUUUCAGCAACAGUUGCCUUAACCCUAUAGUGUACGUCAUUGUUGGCAAACAUUUCCGAAGGAAAUCCAAGGAAGUUUACUUAGGUAGGUUCCUUAGGAGAUAUAGCACAGCACCAUCUGUCCAAAUGGUGACUUCUGUGGAAACUCUCCGAACGUCCUUCUCGGUGGAACAACAACGGAAAAAAUCCACUAUCAGUAUACCACGAUAGCACCAUUUGCUUGCUUCUGUAGGAAAGACAAAAACUUAAAAGUUAAAUGUAGCAAUGGGUUUUAGACAGUGGCCCCCAUUCUGAAGAAAGCAGACUCAUUCAUUACAGAAGACACUUUGGCAAAGCUGACAUUACUUACACGUUUGCACAGGGGCAGGGAUGGGGAGAAGGAAGGUUGUGAUCUAGAGGCAGAUGUCGGAAUGAUUUGCUGUAGAUCG